CUCCGCCGCUCUCUGUCUCCCCACCACCCGACCUGCGGAAUGAACGAUCUGGACAGGAUCAAGAUCACUGUCGUCAAUGAUGUGCAGAUGGUCCGCAGGGGCAACCAUGUCACUGGAACACUCCACUUGACUGCCCAUCACCUCAUUUUCCGAGUUGACGCCCGCCCGCAGCGCGACUCCAAGGGCGAGCUCGUGAAGCCAGGUCCCGCGAAAGAAGUUUGGAUAUGUUAUCCGAUAAUGGCCCACGUCGAGCGCCGAGCGUUCAGCGCAUUCACUGGAUUUUCUGCUCUCCGAAUCAGAUGCCGUGACUUUACUUUUGUUUCUCUUAACUUCAAGUCUGAGAACGACUCUCGCGCUGUCUUUGACACAUUGAUGGCUCUCACCUGUGUUCCAUCGGUGGACAGUCUGUACGCAUUCUACUAUCACCCAGGCUCAGCUGAACGCAGCGUCAACACAUGGGACAUCUAUGAUCCCAUCAAAGAAUUCCAGCGCAUGGGCGUCGGCACCACGAACAACAACUGGCGAUUUACCAGCGUGAACUCUCAGUAUGAGUUCUGUCCGACAUAUCCCGGUACUCUUGUGGUUCCGUCUGCGAUAUCAGACUCGGCUAUCAUGUACGCGGGUAAAUAUCGAUCAAAAGCUCGAAUCCCAGCCCUGUCAUAUAUCCACUCGUUCAACAACUGUACCAUCACGCGGUGCUCGCAGCCCCUUGUUGGAUUGAAGCAAAACCGGUCACCGCAAGACGAGAAGUUUAUAGAGGCCAUCUUUUCAACUACGCAGGUCGCGAACGUGUACGGCGCAUCACAGGAAAACCUCAUUUGUGACGCACGACCGACGACCAACGCUAUCGCGCAGACUGCCUUGGGUGCCGGUUCGGAGAAUAUGGAGAACUACCGGUUUGCGAGAAAAGUCUAUCUUGGGAUUGACAACAUUCACGUCAUGAGAGCAUCUUUGGAUAAAGUCUACGAAGCUCUGAAAGAUAGCGAUAUUACGCCCCUGCCUCCAAACAGAGAGUUGCUGUACAAGAGCAACUGGCUUAAGCACAUCUCUACAGUGAUGGAAGGCGCCGUGCUUAUGGGCCAGCGGAUACACUACUACCACUCACAUGUCCUCGUACAUUGCUCUGAUGGAUGGGACCGCACCGCGCAGUUGUCUUCGCUAGCGCAAAUCUUUUUAGACCCUUACUUCCGCACAAUCGAUGGCUUUAUUACGAUUGUCGAAAAAGAAUGGCUUGCGUUUGGCCAUCGCUUUGCGGAGCGCUGCGGCCAUCUUUCCAGCGAGAAAUCAUUUGUCCAGGUGUCCGACACCUCUGGCUCCGGCAAUUCAACGAUGAGUACUGCCGAAAAAGCCUUUAACAGCGUCUUAUCUGCCGCAAGAUCUGCCGCGGAAAAGGCAGCCAAUAGCAGCUAUGUGAACAAUAAUGGCAAGCACGGCGGUACAACCGAGGGUAUCGGCGGUGGCGGUCAGACGCGGGGACUGAAAUAUACGGCGCCAAUUUUCCACCAGUUUUUGGACUGCGUUUACCAACUGCUGUGUCAGUUUCCCAACCGAUUUGAGUACAACGAGCGGUUUCUCCGGCGAAUGCUCUACCACUUGAAUUCAUGCCAGUAUGGCACUUUCCUGUACAAUAACGAGAAGGAGAGAUUAGACGCCGACGUUCGUCAUCGAGCACAAAGCGUGUGGAACUACUUUGUAGUCCGUCGGAAAGAGUUCAUCAACCAAAAGUAUGAUCCGUCAAUAGACAACGCAAACAAGGGCGAGUACCGAGUCAUCUUUCCCGAUCCGAAAAACAUUCGAUGGUGGCACGAAAUAUUCGGAAGGACCGAAGAGGAAAUGUCAGUCGUGACUCUUAAUGGGAUCGGAAGCUCUGCAUCUGCUGUAGCCGCGGCUCAGAAACGGAGACAAGCGCCAUCAUCUCAACAUCAAGCUCUUCCACCCCGUCAGCAAAACGUUCGACAGCAGCAACACCAGCAGCAGCGGCCUCAGCACCAGAAAAUAUUGCGUGACCAAGAGCUGUAUGCUCAGCAGCAUGCAGAAGAUAGUUCUUACACUGCAGAGGGCGCGACUUCGUUCGACAGUUUCAAGGAAACGGCGUCUGCUACUAUAUCUUCCUGGGCAUCGUCGAUCGCUGAAGCGUCAAACGCGUGGGCUACGGCUGCCACACCGUAUCUUGUCUCUACUUAUGCCGAUGCGGUGGUGGAAGAUGAGGCACAAUACGAGGCAAAACAGCGAGUACAUGAUAAGCCAGAAGCGAGAAAACAGAAGCCUGUUGCUUCGGAGCCCACUCCGCAGCGUGAUGAGCUGCUGGAGACUGAACUGCCAGGCGUCUGGGCUUCGUCGAAUGAUGUUGAGCCAUCAACGAGCAACGCCACUCCUGAACCAGCGAAGGCGCCUCACAAGGUUGAUGCAGAGGAAAGCGAGUUUGCCGACCAACAGUUGAUGGAUACGCCCAGCAGCCGAGACGACGAAGAAGCUGACGGUGCACCAGCGUCUCUUUCCUCAAGUCUACCGGCGACAGGGUUAUCGACAUCGCACGGUAUUCGAGAGAACGAUAUAGAUAACGAGACGAUGAGCAAGAUUGCUGCGUUGGAUUUAGAUCCGCUGGAUCAGUACUCGCUAGCGCACAAGGGCUCUUCGGUCGAGGAGUAUAUUCCUGAAACCGAGUGACGAGACUACGUAUAGAUGGGUGGAUGUUGCCAAUUGA